AUGCUGAAAGUGUCUGCAGAAUCGGCCGAUGCCCUGAUUAGUGCUUCAUCGGACGAGCACUUGCCCCUUGCCCGCAUUAUUCUAGAAGCCGUGGAUGGCAAGAAAGUGAACAGCCGUUGCGGGGAGCUGAGCCGGACCCCCCUGAUGUGCUGCGCCCUGCUCCCGGAGCCCCAGUCCCGGCUGCGCUACAUGCAGCUCCUGCUGGGGAAGGGGGCCGAGGUGAAUAGCCGGGAUCGCUCCGGCCGCACCGCGCUCAGCUACUCCUGCGAGAGGGGGCACCUACCGGAGGUGAAGACCCUGGUGCAACACGGAGCGGACCCGGAGCUGCCGGACCUGUGGGGGAACACGGCGCUGAUUUACGCUGCGGUGUCCGGGCACGCCCCGGUGCUGGACUUCUUGGCCCGGGCUUUUAAGAGACUUGGGCUGCAAAUCAACCGGGCUAAUCGGGUGGGAAACUCUGCCCUGGAUGUGGCGCGCUAUCUGGGCUACCAGGACUGCGAACUGGCGCUGAACGGCGCAACCCUGGGGCGCAAAAAGGAGGCGACCCCCCCGCACGGCGCAAGGGCCGGGGCGCACAAUUUCCUCCUGGGCAGGAGCCGCUCUCUGGCUUCCCGCUGCCGCCUGGACUCCAUGGAUUCCAUAGAGGAGGAAGAGGCGGCGGGGAGGGGAAGCGGUGCCUCCGGCUUCUCCAGCGUCCUGACCCCCCGACCCCGCUCCUGGAGCCUUCAGUACGGGGGUGAUACCCGCAGCACCGGGCUCCACUUGCCCGCACUCAGCAGCGCUUCCAUCCAGAGCCUGUACUCCCCCCGCCCGGGCAAGCAGCACGACCCCCCUAUCCCUGCCCCUUUGCCCGGCCCUCUGGGCAUCCUACUCACCCCUCUCUCUGCCAGCCCCCAUGUGCCAGCCAAAGACCAACUGCCAGGCUGCUCCAAGGACACAGGGCUGCGCAGGUUCAACGCUACUUACUAUCAGAAGCGCAGUAGCCUACCCACCAGCCUGCUCUGCCCCGCACCCCCAGAGAGAGCGCCCCCAACUGCCCAGCCCACUAACCCCCUCACUCUGCUGGGGAACCGGCUGCUGCGGCGCUUCACCUUCCCGGAGUUCAAAAAGCAACAAGUGGAUGAAGCAGCCGGUGCCCCCCUCCCUGGCAGCGACACCAAAGAGCCCGGGGGGCAGAAGACCAUGUCCAGGUCGGAAACCUUCCCUUUUGUCAAAAAACACCCGCAAAUCGUGCACAAGCCCAGCGUAGACAGUAUCAGCAGCGUCAAGUGCGAGUUUGACUUUCAGCAGAACACAUGA